AUGACUACCUCUUUCCUGCAGUUUACUGAAGAGAAGUUGGGCCAGGCUGAGAAAACUGAACUGGACGCCCACUUUGAAAACCUUCUGGCCAGGGCAGACUGCACAAAGAACUGGACAGAGAAGAUCUUGCGUCAAACUGAGGUUCUGCUACAGCCAAACCCUAGUGCCAGAGUAGAAGAAUUCCUCUAUGAGAAGCUUGACCGGAAGGUGCCUUCCCGGGUCACCAACGGGGAGCUGCUGGCACAGUACAUGACAGAAGCAGCUAAUGACUUUGGGCCAGGGACACCUUAUGGGAAGACCUUGAUAAAAGUUGGAGAGACUCAAAGGCGCUUAGGUGCAGCAGAACGGGACUUCAUCCACUCUGCCUCCAUCAACUUCCUGACCCCCCUGCGCAACUUCCUGGAAGGGGAUUGGCGAACCAUAUCAAAAGAGCGGAGGAUCCUGCAGAACCGCCGUCUAGAUCUGGAUGCGUGCAAAGCCAGGUUGAAGAAAGCCAAAGCUGCCGAGGCAAAAGCAGCGGCAGAACACGAGCUGCGGCUGACGCAGACCGAGUUUGAUCGGCAGGCAGAGGUGACACGUCUCCUGCUGGAGGGGAUCAGCAGCACACACGUGAAUCACCUUCGCUGUCUCCAUGAGUUUGUGGAGUCUCAGACCAACUACUAUGCUCAGUGUUACCAAUACAUGCUGGACCUGCAGAAGCAACUGGGCAGAUUUUCAGGCACAUUUGUAGGCAACGCAGAAUCCACAUCUCCUCCCCCAGCUGCUACCUCUCCUCCAGCUGUUGCUUCUGCCACGCUCCCUGCUGUGCCUACUAUUCCAGUUGUGCCCACCAUUGUUGGGGUGCCCAAUACUGUGGCAGAGAGUGUACUGAACCCAAACGAAGUCAAGCCUCCUGCCAGUGGGACACGGAAGGCCAGAGUCCUCUAUGAUUAUGAAGCAGCUGACAGCACUGAGCUGGCACUUCUUGCAGAUGAGAUGAUCACUGUGUACAGCCUGCCAGGCAUGGAUCCAGACUGGCUCAUAGGGGAAAGAGGGAACCAGAAAGGGAAAGUUCCUGUCACUUACUUGGAACUGUUAAGUUAAAUGUUUCCGGGAAGAAGAAUGUACAAGCAGAAUGCACCCCUCAUCUCCUGGCACUUCUAAUGCGGAUUUCUUCAUCCGAGACCAUUGCUCUCUUCAGGGUUGACGCUCCAUUGCUAAUAUGGGAAUUGGGGGAAAGAAGUGGUAAAACUGUUACAGUAGGGUUUUGGGAAAGGGCUGAUGGCACCCAAGACUGAAUUCAUUAACUACCAGUGCAGCCUGCUUUGAGGUUAGUCUUGAUGGUGCGAUUCCCUGAC